GGAUGGUUAAGACUUAAGAGUGGUGAACUGUAGUACAGUCAAGCCGCUAUUCAAUAAAUUACGAUUCCCUUUCCAUUUCCAAUUCCUAUCUUCAAAUACAAAUACUUUUACAAAAAUCCUUUUCAUUUCUCCUGUACAGAGGACCUGUUUCUGUAUACAACGGCCAUUCUUGAAAAUCACACUCUUCCCAAAUCCUGAUAAGUGGUAACAAGAUUACAAGAAUUCAACGAAGUCAAUUAGUAUACUGUUACUCGAACAUCUGUUUUGUCGAAGAAUAAGAUAGUAAGAACAAGAAUCUGAUGAAGAAAAAGAUGUAUUACAUCAAUCACAAGGACCGAAUUUCGAAAUUGCCGGAGGAAAUAAUCCACCAUAUACUAUCAUUUCUUCUCAUAAAAGAUGCUAUUCAAACAUCCGUUCUUUCCAAAACCUGGAAAUAUGUAUGUUCUUCAUACAAAAUUGUGCAAUCUUUGCAUUUUGAUGAGACUUUAUUUGCCUUGGAAUUACCACUUUCUGCUCAAAGUGCUGGACAAGACCAGGAAAUAAAGGACAGAUUCAUGAAUUUUGUGAAUAAUCGCUUGUUGACUAUAAAUCAACAACAUACGCCAGUUUUAGAAUUAACAUCGAAUCUGGUUGUUAAUAAUGCUGACUUUUCUCAUGUUGAUCGAUUGAUGAAUCUAGUUAGACAAACUAAGGUUGAGGAGUUGUGCAUUUUUGUUCAAACAAAAGACUUUUCUUGGUAUAGUGAAAUACGUGAGGACGCAUGUUAUGAUUUUCCUUACCUGGAAAUACUUGUUUCUUCAAAAUGGUUGCAGUCUCUUACUGUACGAGGUUGUCGAUUAUCAUCCACUGUUGGAAACUAUGUGAUCGGGAUGUAUUCUUCUUUGAAACAAUUGUGGCUCUCACAUGUUUUUGUGUCGAAUGAGGAAACCAUAAGCAACUUGGCAAUUAGUUGCCCAUUGAUUGAACUUUUAGAGUUUGAAUGUUGCACUUUUGGAAUGGGAACUCUCACGCUUUCUAUAUUUCAUAAGCUAAAGAAAGCCUAUGUUGAGGGUUUUCAGUAUGGCGAAAUUGGUGAAGUUGACAUCAGAGAAUGUGUAAACCUUGAGAGUUUUUCUUGUACUACUCAUUUGGAAUUAUUGUUCAACUCAGAUGGUGGUAGUAAUAUCAGGGAUCUCCGCUUAGUAGACCAUCCUCUCGUAUAUGGAGACCUUACAGCUGAUUUUCCACUUCUUGAGAAAGCAAAGCUUGUGAUAGAAGAUAUUCGUGUAGAUUGGUUUAAAGCAGCUAAUUAUCAUCUAAGGAAGUUAGAAAUAGAAUUUGAUCCUCGCAAGAUUUAUGUUGAUUGUCCGAAUUUGAGGUAUUUCAAAUACCGUGGUUCUGGCUGUAAGAAGGUUUUUAUCGAUUGCCCAAAUCUAAGGGAGUUGCUCUAUGAGGGGGACCAAGUACCAUCAUUACUUAAACUUAACUUACCAACUCAUAAAUGCCUUGUUAAGUUGCAUUUUUGUCUUUCUUGUGAUUUAGAUACAUCGUGGUUCAUCCGCUUUAAGGUAUUUAUGGAACAUAUAGCAGGACAAAAAAUCUAUUUGAGCAUUGGAUUUGACUCAAGAUUUGACCCAUGGAUACAGUCCAGGAUACAGGUGGAAUUCGAACUCAAUGAAUUUGGAGCAAGAAUUCGGCCUUCCCAACAGAACAAUGUUCACCUUAAAGUGGCGAGGCAAAAUCAUCUCACAAAACAAACUUCAGCAGCUUUUGUGGAUGGGCUAGUUUGGAGCACCUAUCCAACUACCUUGACUAUACUUGGCUAUUGUACUGGUAUUAUUGAGUCCGGAAGGUAAGCUGGCUGCUGACUGCUGACUGCUGACUGCUGACUGCUGAGGCGGGGUUCUCAAGCAGAGGAGAGAGAUGGGCUACUACAGAGUGGGAAUCAGGACUGGAGUUAGGACAGGAAGGUGGGUUAGGAUUUCAGCAUCUUCAGACGGAUCAAAGGGGUAUUGAGAGCAAUAAAGGGUAAUUGUUAGUUGAUCAAAUGUGAUCAAUUAUAAUCAAUAACAAUAUAGAAGAAGUUUUACUGAUUAGAAAGAAGAAUCUUGAAGAGAUAAGAAACUCUCUAUUAUUACAAAUGAGAGAAUAUUGUGAACGAACAUAAUUGAAUUACAAUCUAAGGAGAGAGAACUAUUUAUAUGAAAGAAUGUAAUCAGAAGGUAGUUAGGAGAACUAACUAACUGAACUGAAAUAACUUAUUGAGCUGAGCUGUGAGCUGAGCUUAGGUGGUUGAGCUGUGAGCUGAGCUGGCUACUAUUAGUGCCUCAUCUCCAUAGUAAUUGAGGGUUCAUUGGAGACUUAGGGUGCAUUCUCUUCACCUAAACAACCCUGAACUGAACUUAUUAGACUUGAACUGAACUAAACAUAUUUUAUUGGACCUAAUUUAACUUAUUGGACCUGAUUGGAACUUAUUAGGGGUGAUUUUGAGACGGAUCUUGUUAUUUUAUUGUUUUUUUAGCAUAAAAGUCUACUUAUUAAUUGGGUAUACUUGCAAAACUACA